AUGGCCCCUCCUGCUGUCACAGUAAUGCACAGCAGAUCCCAUAUGGUGCUUAGGGUGGCAGGGAAGCGGAUGCCCGGGGCAGCCCCCAAUAAUUGUGACAAACCUAGAACGUGCACUCAAACCCACUCUUACCCCACACCACGGAGCUCUGGCUAAAGCUGUGUGUUCCCAGGUGGGAGCAGUGGCAAAGGAGAUGCUCCAGGUGUCCGUGCUGGAAGCAGGAUGAAUCUCGUGGCCAUGGCGACCGAUCCUGAGCUCCAAUGGGUGUCCCUGUGGCUCCGUGUCCGCUGGGCAGCCGUGCUGGUGCUGCUCUUGAGCUCCCUGGUGAUGUUGCUGCUGCCCCUGGCUGCUGUGGACAACCAGUGCCACGCUGUGCUCAAGGGCCUGUCCUUCCUGAGGAGUAAACUGGGCUCCUCGGGAAUCACCAGGUUCACAGGACAGAGCACGGAGCUGAGCGUCACCUCCAAGGGGCUGGAGCUGCUGGUGCUGAAGGGAAAAGCCUCCCCAGAGGUGAAGUUGGAAGCCAGAGCAGCUCUGAAUCAAGCCCUGGAGAUGAAGCGCCAAGGGAAGCGGGAGAAGGCCCACAAGCUCUUCCUGUACGCCCUCAAAAUGGAUCCGGAUUAUGUGGAUGCCUUGAACGAGUUUGGGAUCUUUUCUGAAGAGGAAAAAGACAUCCUCCAGGCCGACUACCUGUACUCCAAAGCUCUGACCAUCUCCCCCCACAACGAGAAGGCUCUGAGCAACCGGGGCCGGACGCUGCCCUUGGUGGAGGAGAUCGACCAGAGGUAUUUCAGCAUCAUCGACAGCAAGGUGAAGAAGGUGAUGGCCAUUCCCAAAGGGAAUUCCGCCCUGCGCCGGGUGAUGGAGGAAUCCUACUACCACCACAUCUACCACACGGUGGCCAUCGAGGGGAACACGCUGACGCUGUCCGAGAUCCGGCACAUCAUCGAGACCAGGUACGCAGUUCCCGGGAAGAGCCUGACGGAGCAGAACGAGGUGAUCGGGAUGCACGCGGCCCUCAAGUUCGUCAACACCACGCUGGUGUCGCGCAUCGGCUCCGUCACCAGCAGGGACAUCCUGGACAUCCACCGGCGCGUGCUGGGCUACGCCGACCCCGUGGAGGCCGGGCGGUUCCGCGCCACGCAGGUCUUCGUGGGCCACCACAUCCCGCCCCACCCGCAGGACGUGGAGAAGCAGAUGGAGGAGUUUGUGCAGUGGAUGAACUCUGAGGACGCCAUGAGCCUGCACCCCGUGGAGUUCGCGGCGCUGGCGCACUACAAGCUGGUUUACAUCCACCCCUUCGUGGACGGCAACGGCCGCACCUCGCGGCUGCUGAUGAACCUGAUCCUGAUGCAGGCGGGGUACCCGCCCAUCACCAUCCGAAAGGAGCAGCGGGCAGAGUAUUACCACGUCCUGGAGGUGGCCAAUGAGGGUGACGUGCGGCCCUUCAUCCGAUUCAUCGCCAAGUGCACAGAGACCACACUGGACAUGCUGCUCAUCGCCACCACCGAGCACUCCGUGGGCCUGCCCGAGGCGGGAGGCACUGCUGGCUGCAAACAAACCAUCCCCGUCAAGACUUGAGGGUUUUGGGCAACU